AUGCCGCCUUCACCACGACUCACCACACCCUCAAUGCACCUCAAUGCCAUGGCUGUCUCGAAGAGCCAUCAGCGGCGCGGCAUCGGCAGGGCCCUUGUGGCCUGGGGCAAGACACACGGUCUGCCCAUCUAUGUGACGGGCGAAGAAGGCGGUCUCAAGCUCUACCGCGCGUGCGGGUUCCAUGUCAUUCGUGAUACGCAGGUCUGGCUCAAAAGUGCGGGCGUGGAUGUCGACGAAGCAGAUAGCAGCGCAUGGGAACGUGAUCAAGGUGGGUGUUCAAUGGGCGAGUGUGUGUGGGUGCCGCCACGCCAGGAAUCAUCAGCAUCAUCUCCAUCAGAAGGAGGAGAAGAAGGACAAGGAACGGGGAUGAUUGAGAUUCGUAGGGUUGCGUACAGCGCAAGCGAGUAG